CUUCCUUCUUACAGAUCGCCACAUCACAGCACGCUUGGGCAACGUGAUUUCUAAUUAAAAUCCUUCAAGCUUACAGUGACCGGCAGAACGCUUACCUUUGGCGGGCCUUGCUUUGGUGACGGAUAUCUAGUGGACUUUCCUGCCUCGCUGCUUUUGAAGUUUCCUGGAGCGCAGCGGCCCCACCGGGUGCAGGAUGGACCCUGUGGUUCUCAGCUACAUGGACAGCUUGCUGAGGCAGUCAGACGUUGCCCUGCUGGAUCCUCCAAACUGGCUCAACGAUCACAUCAUCGGCUUUGCCUUUGAGUACUUUGCCAGCGACCAGUUCCAAGAAUUUAGCGAUCAGAUUUGCUUUAUCAGCCCCGAAGUGGCUCAGUUCAUCAAAUGUGCCCUUAGUCAGGAAGAAAUAGCCAUAUUCCUUCAGCCGCUGGACCUGCUCCACAAGAAGCUGGUGUUCCUGCCCAUCAACGAUAACUCCAGCCAGGCGGCAGGAGGCACCCACUGGAGCUUACUGGUUUACUUCAGGGAUAAAAAGUGCUUCGCCCAUUACGAUUCCCACAGCAAGUGCAACUCUGUCCAUGCCAAGCAAGUGGCAGGGAAACUGGAGGCCUUCCUGGGGAAAAGAGGAGGCAAAGCAACCUUCGUGGAGGAGAAGGCGCCGGCCCAGCAGAACAGCUAUGACUGCGGGAUGUAUGUGAUCUGCAACACCGAGGCUCUGUGCCAAGGGUACUUCAGGGAACAGCAAGAGCCUCUGCUACAGCUCCUCACCCCUUCCUACAUCACACAGAAGAGAAGUGAGUGGAAAGCUCUCAUUACCAAGCUCGCACAGAAGUGAUCUGGGUGCUCUCAAGUCACUGCUCUCAGUGCCUGAGGGAGGUGCCCACGCUCAGGAUUUUUCCCCUCAAGAAGAAUGUAACUCCUUCAGCACGGUCCCAACCCACAGUGCCCUCCUCACAAAGCCUUAGUCUCCUCUGAAAGUCACCGGCCUUUCAGCUUCCCACCAAUGAAGUCACUUGGCUUUCAAAAAAAUCUCCCUGUCCGUGCUGAUUUUUACACUCGUUGCUGUGGCAAAAUGGGGUGCUAAAGAGACUUCUCUACCUCUGCCCAGCAAGCGACUCACCCUCAUUAGGUGGCUUUAAUUAGCUGGGGGCAUUGCUGCUCCUGCCUGGUUUAGCAAUGCCUGUUAAAACCAAGCACAGAAUGCUUUAUUGUGGACAGCCCUCAUCUGCACCUCCAGCUCUGGGUGUUUGCAGCAGCAGUGCUGGAGUUCCCCCAAACAUUUGACAGUGGAGAUGUGUCCAGUGGUCAGACUCAAAUGGAAAUGCUGCAGUGAACUGCAAAAUGGGGCAAAAAUUGGUGUUCUACAGAUAGCUGCUCCUUGCCUGUAUGAAAGUAUCUCUAUUUUUUUUCUUCCUUUUUUUUUUCCUCCUUUUCCACCCCUGCUUGCUCUGAUUACAAAUUAAAGCCUGGCUCUGAGCUGCUAGAAGAUGAAUAGGUGAAUAGAAAGCUGAGAAAACAACUCCUAGGAAAGAAAGCUUAAUUGAAAUGGAAAGUGACGCUCUGUCUUUGAAGUCUUAUUUUUUUCUUCAUGAUUUUAGGUCAUCUCCAUUCUGGGGGAGGGUGCUGCACCAUUCCCCAACCCUCAUUAUCAUUUGCUGUGCUUUCUGUAGCACAAAAACAGUUUUUGUAUUACCCCAAUUUAAAACAAACAAACAAGCAAAAACACGAAAAACAAGGACAACAAAGGGGCAGAAUUUGAGGUACAAAAGCCAAAGAUAACAAUCUCCUUGAAGUUCAAGAUGUUGGUCCCUAGUACCCUUCUGACCACACUCAGAACACAUGGGUGCCAACUGGAUCGAGGAAAUCCAGGUUAAAAACAACCCUCGAAAAGGCAGAGGAGUUCCUUUGACCUGCACCUCCCCGCGCAUCCCAUUUGAGCACCAGCACAGCACGGCGAUGGCCAGCCGUAGUGUGGGGCAUAAAUGUCUUCAGCUCCCCUUGUUUUUAAGAAAGGUAAGUAGGUGCAGCCUGACAGACUGCUCCAAACACACAAACACAGAGCGGGGCUCCGAGUCGUGGCCACAUUGAGCAGCCGGCAGCGUGCAGCUUUCCUCCCUGGAAAAUCACCUCCACUGCUCGGAUGGAUCCAAAAACCCCAAAGCGGCACCAAGUCCCUCACUGAGGGAAUUUCCUUUGGAGCACAGGUCCUACGUGGCCCGGCCAGCGCCGUUCCCCAGCUGUGACACCUUGGAGACGUUGCAGAUGAGCUGUGCUUAAUGCCAACAAAUACUUGUGUCUGGUGCGGUGGCGUUAACUCCCCGUCUGUACUCAAGCGGGAGGAGUGGACGAAGGAAUAAAACUCCUGGGUCCCUUCUUUCUUGGGGGAACCACAAAUAAAACUUAAAGUAAACCCGA